AUGUUGAUCCGACCAUCAUCAUCAUCAUCUUCGCCAACCACAAACUCUCCUCCCAAUAUCAAUAAUUAUAACAUUACCGAACAAAUGAUCAAAGAUGAAGCUCCCGACAAUUUCCUGACGUUUCUAGCAAAACAAGAAACCCCUAAUCAUGCAUCUUUCGAUGGAGACGUCAAUUAUCGAAACGCUUUUGAGGAAUGGAUUGACUCCAAUAGAGAGAUUGCAAACAAAUUCUUUAAAAACUCGAAACAUCAUCUUUUAUUGGAAGAUUCAAUCGAGGAGUUAAGAAACAAGUUAGAAGAGAUGAAAAACAACCCCACAACAGAAGAGAACUAUAACGUGACAGUCUAUUCUUUAGAGCGUGCCAUUCAAUCUUUUGAAUCAGUUGCAAACGAUGUCAUGAUGUUGUAUAGAGAGCUACAUGUGUUGAACAUGGUAGUAUCCCAAAUGAAAAUGGGAAAAACUUUUUGGGUUUGUUGCACCCAUUACUGCCUUAUUUCAAACAAGACAUACACCAUUGAGGAACUGAUGGAUAAAGCGAGAGUGAGAGCGAGUGCUUUCUUUUCAAAAUUUCCUGAUGAGUUCAAAGAUUUGGGAACAAUUUUUACAUGUGUGAUUUCAUUCUGGAAAGGGCUUAACUUUUUAACUGCAACAGAUUUUGUGAAUUGCAUCUCAGAAAAAGUAUUAAGAUCUAUCAUGAAAACUCUAUUACUCACAGAAGUCGCUACUAACUCUUCGUGCCAACCCUUGUUGAAAGAUUUUUGUUAUUUGCUUGAGAGAAUUGCAGAGAGCGAACCAAUAGGGUUUUACCAAGCUUACUAUAAACUUCUUUUUGAAGAAGAAUAUGUAUUGACAAAUCCCAAUUGUGAACUAACGAUUGGUUCUUGGGUGCUAAUAUUCCUGUCGAUCACAUGUGUUGAUCCUGAUGCCGGUCUUAAAAAACUUUUUGAUUGCUUUCGAGUCAUUACACAAAGCGACUGGUCGGUCACAAAGAAGAAUAUGUAUUCCACCAACUUGUUGGAUGGAAUAUUUUUCAUUGUUAGACGAUAUGGAAAGGCCUUUGUGGAAAGAAAUUUAGAGUUGUUGAAUGAACUUUCACAGUCAAAUUUUUUGAACACUGGAGUAAGAAAUCAAAGACAAAUUUUCGCAAUUCAAAAUGAGAUGGACAGAGUCAUGAAUGCUAAUAACAAGUCAGCUCUUGUCACCUAUAUAGAGUCUCUCCAAAAAACAUCCAGCAAAUGUGUGGUGUUGAUAGUGGAAUUGGAAGGAAAGAAAAAGAAGAUAUCUCUUGAUGAAUCUUACAAUGAUACAGAUAUUUUCCCCAUUUUUGAAGAGAAGCUAUCCAUUUCGAUGAACUCUUAUUCUAUUGACAUUUUUGAUGAUGAUUGUAAUGACUGGGUAGAGUUCGAUCCAUCAGAGCACAAUUUCCGUAAAAUGAAGCAACCUAUCAAGAUGAAACUUGAAGAAAAGGUCGAUGAAAAUGUCACUGAGAAGACAAAUAUUAAGACCAUUGAUAACUACAAAAUUAUCAAACAAUUAAGAUCAGAAACAACUGAGCAUUGCGUAGCUAUAACAUUUCUUGCAGAAGAAAAACAGCUCAACAAAGAAAGUCGAAAAAUAGUUCUAAAAUAUUUGAACUUUAAAGGACAUCAUGCAGAAGAGAGACUUUCAGAAAUGAUUCUCACUCUCAAGAAAGCAAAGGAUUUUGAAAAGUCAAACAUUAUUCAAAUUUUUGAUAUUUUGAAACCAGAGAGUAUCAACAACCAGAAAAUUAAGAAGGUACAACAUUUAGCAUACACUAUUCCUUACUACUCGCAUGGAAGUUUGGACAAUGUCACCAAAGAGAGAAUUCAUUUCAAUACUCGAAUGAUAUUAUCACUCAUCAAGUAUUCGUUGGAAGCAUUCAACUCUCUUGAAGAAGCACGUUUAGAAUAUGGAAACAUUAAGGCAGAAAACAUUCUUGUUGAACAAUUGGAUCUUGUGACAAGCACUCUCAAGAUAAGAGUUACUGAUUGGUGGAAUCUUUCAAAAAGCAAAACGCCUGCUAUUUGUCAUUUGGGAUUAAUGUUGUACAACUUUCUAACCUUUGAAAAAACAGAUUUAAAGCAUUUAACGUCCGAGUCAGUCACAAGUCAAACGAUUUCAGACGACAUUUUCAAAAAGCAAAACAAAUCUUCGAGUUCCUCCUUAGCCAUUGCAGCAGAAGUGGUUGCGUUUUUGUUGGGCAAGUUUGAUUCUAGGAUUGCAAUCACUGCGAGACAAGCUUUAAAGUUGUUAUACAAACGAGUGAAAGAAUCGAAAGAGAGUGGUAGUCCCAGUAAACAAUAA